AUGAUUUCGAUGAUGGUAACGCGAAGCAUGGCGAAGAAAAAUUGCAAAUGGGUAUCUGGAAUGCCGCUUAACGUGCCUGAAAAAUGGAACUGCAGGGAAAUCACAACUCAAAAUGCCACAACAAUAACUGCCACAGUGUACACCCGAACACACAUACGAAUACCGACUAUAAAAUGUAGCAAUAUCACUCGGACAAUAUGCGCUAAAGCAUUCCUCAGAUGGUCAUUGUCAGUAGUUUCCGAUCAAAUAAUUACCCCCGCAACUACACGAGUUUUGCAAAGCCUUGAACGCGACAAAAAAGAUCUUGACUCCACGGAGAACUGCACUACUCCAAUGGGCAAAUGCAUGACAAAUACUAGCGUUGUCCUAUGGAAUAAAACGGAAGCAACAAGACAUUCAUCACUAUGUGAUCAUGAUCGAAAACGAGCCGUCGAAGUACUCAAUCCAGAAAAUGCAAUAUUUCAAUAUGUUUUCGACAUCAUGCGGAGUGAAAUACGAGAACAACUUAAGGAAGUAUAUCACCGAAGUUAUCAAAAUCGGAACAAUUUAUUGACAUUUGGUUAA